GAGAGGAGCCAUGGAAGGGGAGGCUGCUGGACUCUGAACAGCCCGGGGGUUGUGCCAGUGUGCUCCUUCUCUCUCGGUGCCCGGCAAUCAGCGUCGAUCAAAUUCAGUCACACUCGAUACGCAGGCGAUUGCUAGAGUUGGCAGCCAUGGCGGUCGCGGUGGGAAAUUCGUGCUGUGCCCUUGCGGCCUCUUUCAGCAGUGUGCAGAUUUCAGCCACCUCCGCUGGUCGGUCGGUGUCCAUGCCCUGUGUCGCCUCGCCAGCACUGAAGUUGGCGCGAGUGAUAUACUCUACCGGAAAGACUUCUGAGAGAAGACAAGGAUUGAAGAAAGUCACAGCAGCUGCAUCCGAAGAUGAGACCCCUGCUGUAACGCCGUCGCCGGAUAUUCCCCGCCCUAAGAAAAUUGGCAAAGGAGUUGUGAGGUUGAGGCUCGCAAGGCUGGGUAGGAAAAAGAGACCGUUUUUCCGAAUUGUUGCAACUCACAGCAGCUGGCGUCGUGACGGGAAGAACAUUGAGUUGCUUGGACACUACAACCCGUUGCACGGUGAGAACGAUCUAGGAAUUGUGGUGAAGGCCGACAGGAUCAAGUACUGGUUGGGAGUUGGUGCUCAGCCAUCAGACACAGUUGCCGGGAUCCUUCACAAAGUGGGAAUAUUAAAAGUUCCAGCGGCAGAGGUUUCUCAGUAGGCAGAGCUCGUUCUAAUUCCAUUCUAAUCCAUCAGUUAUUGAGUAGGUCAAAUGUAGCUAAAGUUAUCUAAAUUCAAUUUCAAUCCAAAAUAAUUUGCCGUUCACAGGUCUCACGCCAGACUACCAAGUGUCUCUUUCUUUUAUGUCGCUCCUGUUCAUGGAUGAACUCCGAAGUGGUGGUAUUGUCGUUGUUCUACAGAUUUAUCUCUUAAGAGUGAGUGAAUCAGCAGAUUCAAAUUUGUGUGAGAAGAAACCGCUGUGCAUAAGACGACCUUUUGUUUAGUCAUAGUUUAUGAUUAUGCUUGUAAGAGAGGACAGGAGUGAUAGCUGUUAUUAAGCACAGAUGGUAUGUGACCAGUUUAGGUAGAGGAUCUGUAAAGGCUGAAAAUGCUUCAAUUUACAUUUUGAUGUUCAUGGUAUACAUGGGG